AUGGAAAUAUCAAGUUGCAAUUAUCCAACUAAAGAACAAUUACUUGAAAUGGAGGUUGAUGGUUUUGAGAUAAUUAAUGGGAAACUUUUGACUACGAAACUUAUUUAUUUGCCAAAAGACACAAUCUUAACAACUUCAGAAUCUGGUUUUCACGGCCCAUUUUGUUGA